GGAGACAUUGUCAAGAUGAUCGUGUUAUGGAUUAUGAUGCUUGUUCUUCAUCAAGGACACACACUCAUGCCAGUGAUCCCAGUUGAAGUUAGUGAAUCUACAACCUUUACAUGUGCACUCCAUGAUACUGAGAUCUCUACAAAAAUCCACUGGUACAAGCAAAGACUCGGAGAUGAUCUGAAACUAAUUGUGAUUCUGCAGAAAUCUCUCACACCUCAGUUUGAACCAGAGUUUUCUAACUCAAGAUGGAAAGUUAAUAAUGAUGACAAUUUUAGCAACCUGACUAUUUUGAGUACAAUCCAAGAGGACGAGGGAAUCUAUCACUGUGCCGUCAUCGCGUGGUUUGGCAGUUCUAAGUGGAGUGGGACAUAUUUGAUCAUAAAAGGAGACAGUCAGAAGACAUCAGACUACACUGUUGUUCAGCAGUCCACAGCAUCACAUUCAGUCCAUCCAGGAGAAUCACAGACUCUCCACUGUUCAGUCUUCUCUGACUCUGAGAAGAAAACAUGUUCAGGAGAUCUGAGUGUUUUCUGGUUCAAACCUGGAGCAGAUAAAUCUCAUCCAGACAUCAUCUACACUGAUGGAAACAGACCUGAUGAAUGUGAGAAGAGAUCUGACACUCAGAAGAGCUGUGUUUAUCACUCCUCUAAGACCUUCAACUCCUCUGAUGCUGGGACUUACUACUGUGCUGUGGCCACAUGUGGACAGAUACUGUUUGGAAAUGGAACUACUCUGAUUAAUCAAGGAUUCAGCAUGUGGUCAGUCAGUCCAGUUUCUUUUCUGCUGUGCAUCUUCUUAGCUCUAAGUCUCAUUAUUAUAGCCAUCCUCAUUUACAGCAUCAAGGAAAACAACUGUGAUUAUGGCAAAGCUGCUGCUCAGCAGAAAAACUGUGGUGGUCAGAAAAGUGAACAGAAGGAUUUGGACACAUGGAUUUAUUCUGCUGUCACCUUUACCAUGGUAAAGGCUGACAGUGCAAUAAAGGAGGCCAAAGCAGCAGAGAGAGAGAGGAUCUACACUGCUGUCAAGGCUUUUGGACUGGAUUAGUGAGUCAACAGAUGUUUGGCAGCGAUUUGUAUUGAAUAAUGUAGUGUUGUUUGUUUAACUACUAAAGGGCUUUGUAUAUGCUGUAGUAUGAUGUAUCAGGAACAUUUAGUGAACAACUUGUAUCCUCACGCUUAAAUGUAUUUAGAUUACAUGCAUCUUGUUCAUCCAAGCACUUGUAAAUAAGAUUGACCUCGAGCUGAAAUGUUCUUAGUUUUAAGUUUGGCAGAAAACAUUUGUUGCAUCUCUCGUCCUCAUUUCACCUCACUCCUGUCUACAAUGUAACCAAAACAAAUAAAUACUUUAAAAACUAUUUGUUUUAGAGGCAAAGGAAUAUUUUUUUCAAGCAGUAAUGUAUGAACUGUGCUGUUCCUAAUUCUGGAAGGUGAAUACAGAUACUUGUUUUAAGUGGAAAUAACAGAACUCAGGUUUUUAUUGGGGCAUCAUUUGUCUUAAGGCACAAAGAACGUGCACAAAUGCCCUCAGCAGGAGACUUCCUACUAUGAUUUCUCAGAUCUUUUACCCACAUUUGUUGUUGAUCUUCAUCACAAUUCUCCAUUAAAAUCAAAAUGCCAACAAAGAAGCCUUCAGGUUAUUACUACCUACAGUUGUUAUGUUGUGUAUCAGUAUCAGGAGAAGGUAUUUA